AUUGUAUUUUGUAUAUAUUAUUUCCCGUAACACAUUUGCGAAAGCUCUUCCCCUCUGCGUGGCUUAACUAAAUGGCCUGAGGCCUAGCACUCUAGCUUGCAAACAAAAUUCGUAAUGGCUCACCAAACAACUUUUGUGAUUUUCUGGUGAAAAAAAUAAAAAAUUGUCGGUGAUCAACAUUUUUUUAGAGUGCUUUUAUUGUUUUAAACCGUUGCAAGUGCACGUCACAUAUUCAGUUUUGUUAAACUGAUUAAGUCAACUAGGAUAAUUGUUAACACGUUUCGUAAGCCCUUUUAUUCUGUGGACUAAACUGCCCGAAACCCAUUUUGCUGUUUUUCUGGCUUUGGAGUGCCCAUCGAGGAAUUAGCAAGCAAAAUGAUCUCGGACCAGGGGCCAUUUUGGGCCGCUCUCCUGCUGCUUUUCCUCAGCGGACAGACAGUGGCCCAGUCCAAUUACGUGCAGCACGGCGAUAGCGGCAACUACACCACCAAUGGACUGCCCGAGGAGGCGACCCUGGACGGCAAGGUAACCAAGCUGGACGACAUCAGUCCGCUGAUAUUUCUGAACCGAACGAAGGCUGCUCUCAACUGUGCCGCGGGCUCCAUGCAGGUCGACCUCAAGUUCAACGAUCCGUUCCAUGGCAUCAUCCAGGCCGACUACGAUCGCAGUAGUGCGUGCCGCGUGAGUGGCAAAGGAGCACUUAGCUACCGACUCGAGUUGCCGCUGAAAGGAUGCGGUACCAUACAGAACCCCACCCGUGUGUUCACCAACAACAUCAUAGUCCGCUUCCACGCCAAUCUGGAGAUGGACGGCGACGAGAUCAUCACGAUAGUCUGCCGCUAUCCACCGCCCGUGCCCUCACUUCCGCCCGCCCUACCGGCGCCAAUCCUGAACCCCAUUGCCACCAGUUCCGUGCUGCAGCCGCCGCUGAAGAGCAUCCAGAUCCUGAUGAUCAUCUGCGCCAUCAUGUUCCUGACCCUGCUGCUCCUGGGACUGGCGGUCUCCUACUACUGCCUGCGCAGUCGCUCCAUUCCGGUGGUGCGUCGCCUGCCGAUGAGCAUGGGCAGCGGAUCGGAGAUCACCAAGCUGAGUGGCAGCAGUGUGGGCAACAUCAGCGCCUUCGAGGGCGUUAAGAUCCCCCGCGCCCACGCUGCCCUCCAGGCGGUCUACAGCUCCUCGGGCAGCGAGGGUGCCCUCAUUCCCUCGGACUACCCCAGCGAAUCGCACUCGGAGAUCGAGGAGAUCGACACGCGAUCGCUGCCCUUCAGCUCGGCGGGCAGCUUCGAGAACCGCGCCUUCGUCCACGAGACCUCGAGCAUCUACAGCGACCACUAUGCGCCGGCCCAGGAGAUGCCGUCGGCCAAUGCGGUGAUGACCACCACGGCGGUGACCCGCCAUGCCAUUCCCCUCCAGGAGGCCGUCGCCGCCGGGGCCGCCGAUUCGCCCAAGUUCGAUGUGCAGGUGCGGGUGAAGAAGUCGCCACCGCCGCCGCCCUCGCCGGUCACCUCGGAUACGGAGAGCGUGGCCACGCUGCGUCCGGACCGCAACAACCUGUCGACCAUCAUGGAGGCGUACGAGGACCGCGAGAGCGUCCUCACCCUCGACUCGCUGCCGCCGCAUGUGGAGACGAUGCACUCGCAGUUCACCUACGUUCCGGAGCUCCAUCCGGCGCCGCAGGUGCCCCACUCGAUUCCACUGCCACCGCCGGCGGUGGCCGAGCCGAAGUUCUCCGUGUACACGCGCACCCACCACGAGGUGGUGGACGGACGACCGGAGACCUGGUCGGACUACACCGACGGCCCGGCGCCCAGCGAGAUCACCGACCUGUCGUCCGAGGUGCCGGACAUGACCGUGGACACGAUGCACUACUACGAGGACGAGUUCGUGCCGGCGGUGCAGCCGCCGGUGACCUCGCACACGGUGGACGACGUCUACCUGCGGACGGUCACCGAGAAGAAGACCAUCGAGGACAUCGAGAGCCACAAGCGCCGGGUGACCGAGUACAAGAGCAAGCCGCGGGCACCGCUCCCGCCGCCGCCGGUUGAUCCCAAGUUCGAUGUGCGGGUGCGCAACUAUCCCAGCGACCGGGAGCAGCAGCUCUGGGAGAACUUCUCGGACAUAUCGAGCGCCUCCGGGCUGACCCUCACGCCCAAGAUGGAGCGCAGCGAGCUGAGCCUGCCGCCGGCGGAGCUGCCGGCCCAGAUCCACGACAACAAGCUGAAGCUGACCAGUCCCGAGCUGGUGGGCAACAUGAAGCCGAUUGAGGUGCCACCGCAGGACAAGGAUGUGCCCAACUGGGACGUGCUCAUCCGCAUCCUGGAGGAGCCGGAGCUGUCGGAGGUCGGCGGCGACGAUGCCAGCUCGGUGCACAACCUGAGCUACGACGACCGGGCCAAGUGGAAGGAGAUCAUCACGACGCAGUCCUCGCUGCGCACCAUGCUCACCGAGGCGGUGGUGCGCGAGGACUUCGAGCGCAUCCGCCAGGACACGCGCUACGAGCGGAUGUUCGAGCCGCAGACCUGGGACGUCAUCAUCCGCAUCCUGGCCCCGCCCGGCGACGAUGAUCCGGACGUGGAGCUGCGUACCCCGCGACGCGGCAAGAAGGCCUCGCCGCAGCCCUGGGACACCCGCUCGCGCCGCAGCUCGCUGCCCACGCUCUACGAGUACGACAGCGACGGCGGCUCCAGUGUGCGCACCAUUCGCAACGACCCGGGCAUGCCCGGCAUCUUCGUCGGCGGACCUGGAGCCGGAGGACCCGGCGGCCUCGGCGGACCCUUCAACCUGCAGCGCUCGCGCCGCAGCUCGCGCACCUCCUACCAGACCGACCACAACGACUUCCGCUCCAUGUCCGAGGUGACCGUCGACUUCGGGCGUCCCCAGGUGGACCAUCCGGACAACGCGAGCGACGCCAGCAGCACCUACCGGAUGCACUACUACGACGACGACGACCGGCGCUCCUUCCACCGCUCCCUCAGCCAUCCCUCCCUGGCCCGAUCCGCCAGCGAGUUCACCGAGCACUGGACCGCCCCCGACGAGAUGGAGGUCUCCUCCCCGGAGGGCACUCCACACACUCGCCGGGCCCGACAGCCCCUGACGUCGACUCACCUGGCUUUGGCCUCUGGAAGAUCCGGCGAACGCGUUCUGGCCCAGACCCAGACGCAGAGUGAGUACGUGGAGACCCACCGAAGGGUCUACCACGCCGAGAAGGAGAUGCCCCUGCCGCCGAGGAAGUGGUAGAAAGAUCGGUGGACGUAACAUACUGUUAACCUAAUUACUGUUAACGUAACGUAACACGAAACGGGGUUUCAGUGUUAAACUCUAUGUUGAAGAUGUGUGUUCCGGAAACUGCUGCAAGCAUCAGCCUCCUCAGGAAGGAGGGCAGAUCAGCCUGUUUCGAGAAUGCCCCUUAUAUUUCAUUUGCAUUAAUGGGUCGUAUAAGUACUUAACCUUACAAUAAUUAACAAACGUGCCAAUUACAAUUGCCUGACAAAGUAAGCCACCAUAAAAACAAAAAUUAACCGUCAGUUUGAAGCGGAUGAAGUUGAUGGACGAUAAUCAGAACGGACGAGAGGAAUACCUACCAGCAUUUUGGGCCUGCUCUUGACUUUUUUUGAUACUUUAAUUUGCGAAAGGUACUAACUAACUAAAGGCAUUUAAAUUCCAAGCUUAAUAGAAGUAGUAAGAAAAUGGAAACUCCAUUCGAUUCGUGUGUUCUGAACUCCCAACAGAAAUUUCGCAUUUACACAAACAUGUUCAAUAGAAAAGAAAGGGAUAGAUAAUGAAAACAUAGAAUGUGAAUGUUUUAAAUUUAGUAAAAAGUGUUCUUUAGGUAAACACGUUGUCGUCGUUUUUUUUAUAGGACAUUCGUUUGAGCAGUCACAACAUGAAGCCCUUUUAUACUCUCUAAUAUAAUGACUUUUCUAAUACAUUGCGAAUGCUUACAUUCUAAUUUCUAGUUACAAAUGUAUAUAUGUAUAUAUACAAAGAUCAAACUGCCACAUGCACACGAUUUUGACCAGAUUCGAAGAUCAUUACUUUUGAAAUAUACUCUCUAGGUGGAAUAGAUACACAGGUUUGAAAUAAAAGUAUUACUACAGAUUAGUGUUCCCGAAUGCAACGUCUUCCUGAUUCAUAUAUAUUGGAAUUGAGUACGAGUAGGCUAAAUGUUCGGGACGGAAAGCUGCAACCGUAUCCUAAUGAAACAAAGACAUACAGAUCGAUAAUAUACGGGGCCUCAAUUGGAUUCCUUUCAAAGGAUCACACAAUACUUUCUCAUGAUUAUCAAUUUUUUCGUAACAUAGUACUAAUCCGUCCAAGACAUAUACUUUAAGUUUAAUUGAUAAAUAAUGAUAAUACGCAAAUAGACAAACUUACAUAUUUAAUUCGCUUUUUGGUUAGGCAAGCCUUACAAAAAUGUGUCUAACCUAAAACACUUGAAAUAAAUUAUAAAUAAAUAUACCCACUAACAAAG